CGGGGGGAGAAGUCUUCAGUUGCUUCCCUGCCUGUCUGCCCGCCUGACUACAACAAAUCUGCUGUUACAGAGCAAAAAGACUCGAGUGUUGAGCAUCAUUCUGCAUCGGGAUUCGGGUUCGCUUGGAUUCAAUAUUAUCGGAGGCAGAUCUUGCACGGAAAACCAAGUGGAUGCAUCGAGCGAAGGAAUAUUCGUGUCUAAAGUAGUGAAAAAUGGGCCGGCAGAUAAAGCAGGAGGGUUAGACAUCCACGAUCAGAUUCUAGAGGUCAACGGAAAGGAUUUAUCCCGAGCCACACACGAGCAAGCGGUGGAGGCGUUCCGAACAGCCAAAGAACCCAUCGUGGUGCAGGUGCUGAGGAGAACUCCGAACGCUAAAGUGCUGAAUCCUCCUCACGACUCGCACCUGAUCGAUACAGGCACCCAGACUGAUAUCACCUUCGAGCACAUCAUGGCAUUGGCUAAAAUGAGGUCACCUACUCCACCCAUUGCAAUACUGGACCAAUACCUUUUGCCCGAAGAGCAUCCAUCAGUACAUGAUUAUUAUGAUCCCAAUGACUACUUGGAAGGAAUGCAUCCUGAAGUUGAUAGAGAAGAAUUAGAAUACGAGGAAGUGGACUUGUUCAGAACAAGCAGUCAAGACAAGCUGGGCCUCACAGUAUGUUACAGGACAGAUGAUGAAGAUGAUCUGGGAAUAUACGUGAGUGAGAUUGAUCCGAACAGCAUUGCAGCAAAAGAUGGUCGGAUAAGAGAAGGCGAUCGAAUAGUUCAGAUAAAUGGGAUCGAGGUCCAGAACCGUGAAGAAGCCGUGGCUCUCCUUACCAGCGAGGAGAACAAAAAUGUCUCGCUGCUUCUUGCCCGACCAGAGAUCCAGUUGGACGAAGGCUGGAUGGAUGACGACCGAAAUGAUUUCCUGGAUGAUUUACACAUGGAUAUGUUGGAAGAGCAGCACCACCAGGCGAUGCAAUUUACAGCUGGCAUCCUUCAGCAGAAAAAGCACGAGGAAGACGAGGUGACCACAGACACGGCCACCAUCCUGAGCAACCAACACGAGAAGGACAGCGGGUUGGGCCGCACGGACGAGAGCACCAGGAACGACGAGAGCUCGGAGCAGGAGAACCCGGGCGAGGAGCACGGCCUGGGGCCCGGGGGCUCGUGCGAGACCGGGGUCGGGAGGAGGAGGCCGAGGCCUGUGCCGUCGUGUGGCCACAACCACCACCACCACCACCACCACCAGUACCUUCACCACCAUCACCAUCAGCAGCAGCAGCAGCAGAGUCAGGACCCGCUGCUCCUCGACUCCUUCGACGCCGCCUUCCUGGGCCUUCCGGCCGACGAUGAGUGCGAGCGUUUCCGCCAACUGCUGGAGCUCAAGUGCCGGGCCAGGGCGAGGGGCGGCUGCGGCCUGUGGAGCGGGAGCGACCGGGAGGAUGAGGGCAUCGAGCUGGAGUGCCUGAGCGUGGCGAGGGCCCACGGCCGGGCCCGGCACGUGAGCGAGGCCGAGGCUCAAGGCCAAAGCCAGGCCCGAGGCCCGAGCCCGGGCCCCGCCGCCCCGGCCUGGAUGCUCCACGACGGCGGCGGCUUCCGGAACUACAACACCAGCGCCGAGGCGCUGGGCCUGACGCUCGGCUUGGGCCUGGGGCUCGGACCGCGGCGGAGGGGGAGGCGGCGGACUAGGCCUCGGGGAGGGGGGGAAGCCGCCGUCGCCGCUGUCGACGACGUUGACUGCAACCUACAAGAGGAGCCGGUGGUCGAGGAGGAGGAGGAGGAGGGAGAGGAGGAGGUGGUGGUGGUGGUGGGGGGUGAAGAGGAGGAGGAGGAAGCGGGAGAUGAAGGCCUGAGACCGGCAGCUACACAGCUACACGGCUCCCCGGGCACAGGCCUAGUAGGCCUAGGCCCGACCCCGGGCUCUGGUAACGGCGGCGGCCGACGUCGCCAGCAGCAGCAGCAGCGCCGCCACCACCACCACCACCAGCAGCAGCACCACCACCACUCCCCGUCCCGCCGCCACGCUCACAUCCCGGCCCACGCCCAGCAUUACCGCAGCUACAUGCAGCUGGUGCAGCAGCGGUCGGCGGUGGAGGAGUACGCCCAGAGCCAGGCCAGCCUGGAGAGCGGGGAGAGGGACGAACUGAGGCCGGGGUCCGGGUCGGGGCCUACCACCACGGCCACGGCCACGGCCUCGGCCUCGGCCGCCGCCGCCAUCAAGGCCGCCGAGUGGAAGGUGAAGGUGAGGAGCGACGGGACCCGCUACAUCACCAAGCGGCCGGCCCGGGACCGGCUGCUGCGGGAGCGGGCCAUGCGGAUCCGGGAGGAGCGCCGGGGCCUCACCACCGACGACGACGCGGCCAGCGAGCUCAAGACGGGCCGCUACUGGAGCAAAGAGGAGCGCAAGCGGCAGCUGGUCAGGGCCCGCGAGCAGAGGCGGCGCCGGGAGCUGAUGGUCAGGAGCGGCCUGGGCUGCGUCAGGGAGCAGCAGCAGCAGCAGCAGCCCCCACCCCCACCACCACCCCCCUCCCAGGACAAGAGGGAGGUGACCAUCCUGGAGCUGAGCCACAGGAAGAUGAUGAGGAAGAGGAACAAGAAGGUCUUCGACAACUGGAUGACCAUCCAGGAGCUGCUGACUCACGGCACCAAGUCGCCCGACGGCUCCAGGGUCUACAACUCCCUGCUGUCGGUCACCACCGUGUGAGGGCAACUGCUGUACCCCCCCAUCUCACCCCCACACACACAC